AUGAACACAGAAGUUAAUUUUUAUUUUCCAAGUGAAAACUAUCUUGAAUUCUUCAGUAAUUAAUCAAAUAACUCAAAUUACAAUGAAUCAUUCUUCGACAAAGAGUUAAAUCAAUUAGAUUUAGCAGAGUAAUUCCUAAAAAAGACUCAAACGAUUGACUCUUCACAAAAUAACUAUUAUUUUGCUACUUAAUAUUCUGAUGAAAUUAAUAAGAACUUAGAACCUAUAAUGUAUGAUCAUACUUUCAGAAAGUAACUUGACACUGACUUAUUUAAUACGUUAUUCGAAUAAUACCUUCCCAAAAAAUCUAAAGGCAUAAACUUUAGUUAUAUUGGCAAAAUGUAGAUUGAUUCAGAUGAAACUAGCUUUGAAAAUCAAAUAUCUACUAAUACUCAUUCGUUAAUAGAUUCUGCGAAAGAUCCUUAAGAAAUAGCAUUGUUUAACUCGGCUAUAAAUUAGGAUUUGUCGCAAAGCAUUAACGAACACUAAAAUCAACCAAGUUUGAAUUCAAUUUUGGAAAGUGAGAUACUAGAUGUACCUUCUUAGAAAAGAAGAAGGGGAAGACCAGCUCUGGGAUUGCAAAAAGAGUUUUAGCUCCCUGACGAGUACAUGGGAUGCCAUGAUAUUAAAAAUGUCAGAAGUAUUUUUAGGGAAUUCAAGAAACAAAUAUCAAUUAAGAAAACUCAUGUCAAACCGUCUAUCAUUUAAAAAAUAAGAAAGCAAUUUGGAAACUAGGUAGCGGAACUGAUAAUUUAAGAUUUAGAGCAUGAUCUUCGAUUCUGCAAAAGUUGUUAAGCUACUAACUAUGUUAGGGAUUUUUCAAAAGCUAGAGUAAAAAUCAGCAGUGAUAACCUUAGUAUCCUUGGCAAACUGUGCUAUAGGUAUACUAUCUCUUAAGAAGUCUAAUUUUUCUAAAUCGAAGAAUAUCGAUUUCUUUUCAAGGAACUCCUCCCUCAGUUGAGAUAAGCGUACAAAGGAAAAAAGAAUCAGCUAAGAACUCUUUAAGCUAUCUACGAUUAUCAUUUCCCAUGA